UUCAGGUGAGCCGCGCUCGUCGGGGCGGCCGGCAGCGGCAGCUCCAGGGCCCAGUAUGCGCGGGGAGGCCCGCGGCCACCAUGUACGUGGGCUAUGUGCUGGAGAAGGGCUCUCCCGUGUACGCCGGCCCCGCCAGGCCGCCGGGUCUCGGCCUGGGCCCGCAGGCCUACGGCCCCCCGCCCCCGCCCCCAGGGCCCCCGCAGUACCCCGACCUCACCGGCUGCCCGCACGUGGAGCCGGCCCCCGCGCCCCCUGCGGCCUGGAGCGGACCCUUCUCUGCGCCCAGGGACGACUGGGCCACCGCCUACGGCCCGGGCCCCUCGGCCCCCGCCUCCAGCACAGCCCCGCUGGCUUUCGGACUCUCCCCGGACUUUAGCCCGGUGCCCGCGCCCCCUGGGCCCGGUUCGGGUCUCCUGGGGCAGCCCCUUGGCGGCCCGAGCGCGCCGUCCUCACCCGGAGCGCAAAGACGGACGCCCUACGAGUGGAUGCGGCGCAGCGUGGUGGCCGGAGGCGCUGGUGGCAGCGGCAAGACCCGGACCAAGGACAAGUACCGUGUGGUCUACACUGACCACCAGCGCCUGGAGCUGGAAAAGGAGUUCCACUAUAGCCGUUACAUCACCAUCCGGCGGAAAUCAGAGCUGGCUGCCAACCUGGGUCUCACAGAACGGCAGGUGAAGAUCUGGUUCCAAAAUCGGCGGGCAAAGGAGCGCAAAGUGAAUAAGAAGAAGCAGCAGCAGCCGCCACAGCCACUGCCACCAGCCCAUCAAGUCACGCCUGCCCCAGCAGGGCCUCCCCUUGGGGGCCUGUGCCCCAGCUCUGCCAGCCUCCUGGGUGCCACCUCCCCAAUGCCUGUCAAGGAGGAGUACCUGCCAUAGCUGCCUGCCCAGCCUUGUGAGCUGGGGGCCUGGAGGCCUCGGAUGCUGGAUAUGUGGUUCCCACUGGAGCCCAGGAAGCCUCAUCUAAGUCUCAGUUCCACCACUGACCUUCUGGGUAACCUUGGACAAAGCCACCCGGCCCCUGCAUCCUUUGGCCUAUGCAGUGAGCCUUUAAAGAAGGACCUUCUCCAGCCCCUGUGUUCUAGGCCUCAGGGGAAUAAGAGAGCUCAGGGUUAGAGGUUUCAAUCUCCAGAGGACUGGGUGAGGGGGCCAAGAUAAAUCCCCAGGCACCACCUCCUCCUCCACAGGUUCAAGGGUGGGAGGCUGCUGGGAUGCUGUAGGCACAGGACUGCCUGUUGAGAAAGGUGAUGGAGCUUAGAGAGGAUGGAAUGCUUGGGGACCGUGCCCCAAGGAGGAGGAAUGUGGCGAGCUCACACCUGCCUCCUCCUCCUGCAGCCUCACCUCUACCUGCCCCCAUCCUAACAGGACCUGAACCCUCUCCAGCCUGGAUGCAAAGCACAGAGCUCACAGGACUGGGCCUGAGUGACAGGCUCUGAUACCCGUCCCUUUCUGGUUGCAGAGCCACAUACCCUCACAAGCGUUCUCAGUGGGGCCUCCAGAUGGGGAGAGGCCCCUGGAGGGGCACAGAGGGGUGGAGUCCACCCUGCCAAGUUUCUGCCACCCCACCAGGCUGUCCCAGGCCCCAGGGAACCCCUUACAGGCUUUCUGUGGACCAAGCAGAGCUCAUGGCUGGUCAAGUAUUGUUUAUAGAGUGGAAACCCUUGGAUGCAGUUUCAAGAAUAAAUUUUUUCUCUAUUUAAAAAUGUAUAAAAAUCAUUAUGCAC